CUUCACACAACUCAGUCGUAAACAAAGCAUUGAAUAAUUUUUUCAAAACAGAAAUAUUAAUUAUUUUACAAUGAGUUCGAGAUGGUACCCACUUUAUCAACGUGGUAAUCCACAGUUAAGAGUCUUCCUGCCUAAUUUCUGGAUGAAAAUCGUCAAGACACCGAAUCAACAGCCCGAAAAUGUCGUUUGCUUUGAAGUUUCGCAUCAAAUGACAAAAUAUGACAUCAGGCAGUAUUUAGAAAAGAUUUACAAACUUCCAGUCGUCGCAGUAAGAGAUCGUAUUGCAAUGGGAAGAUUUAAGCGUGAAGAAAGGAACGGCUAUAUAAUUAAGGAAGAAGAUUCAAAGCUUGCUUAUGUGACAUUUCCUAAGGAAGUCAAAUUCACAUAUCCAGACCUAUUUCCUGAAGAAAAUGAGACCAAGAAGAAUCUUAAAGAUGACGAAAAGUCACUGGAUCAGGCAAAAGAAAGAUUCAGAGAAUUCUGUAAUAGAAAUAGUAAGCGUCGUGGGUUACCUGGAUGGUACUCGAUCUAAUGUCUGUAAAUUAUAGCUAUAGUUUAGUAAAGAGAAUCAAAUUUUAUGUCUU